AUCAUAGCAGUGUUUUAUCUGGCUCCCCGCUACACACCUGCCAGACUUGAUUGGACUACUGUUUACCUGCCCCAUUGAUACAUAAUGGGCGAGAGAUAAGAGCCAGAAUGACGUAACGAAUGACGCAGCUGAACACACACUGAACCACAAACCACACACCACCAUGUCAGGUCUAGAGGUCACCAAGAAGGUCAGCCACCUUGACACCUUUCACGAAGAUGUCUUCACCGACGACAUCAUCAAAAUCAUCGCCGCCUCGGCAGUCAGUCAGAAGGGCAAGAAGAAAAAACUGGUUCUCAACAAAACGGGGAUGAAACUCAUCCAGUCCAGGUUUCUCCAAGAGCGAAAGGUUGAAACUUUUCCCAUCUCCGAGAUCAAAGCCGUUGAGAAAACUCCAAACUCCAAGUCAACUAUCAUGUUUGUGAUGUCGGAUCCUAAGAAAAAGUAUAAAAUCUUAGCUUUCAAGUGCAGCUCUGAAGAAGAUGUGAUUCUUCUGACUUCCAUUUUCUCCAAGAUCAAAAGCGACAUGCAUUCGGCUAACGUGGAGUUAAGAAAAAGAGAAAACGGGAAUUGGACUUUGAGCCAGAGGAGCGCCCAUAACGCAAAUCGCCAUCUGACUGAGAUUUUUGUUGAACGUAAACAACCCUACGACGAAAUUGCGACGAAAUCUAACGGUAAUGUUGCGCAUGUGCCUGUUCUAGAUCGCAGUAAAACGGAACCAAUUCAAACGCAGUCGACGAGUACUUUUAUCAAACGCUCCAAUAACAACAACAACAACUACAAUAACAACAACAACCACCACACAAAACCGGUGACCGUCACUACCACGGAAAACGUAGUGACCAUCACAAACGAGCAUGGGCAGACGAAGGUCAAGGAUUUGGAUGAUGAUUACGUCAUCGAGACGGAAGUCUCCCCGUAUCCUUACGCGUCGAUAAAAAAGAAACCGCACGAUGUCCAGGAUGUAGAAUCUGUUCGCGACGAACUGGAGAAUCUGACGUACGAGGUUCGCGAGCUGAGAGCCAGGUUAGACUCGGACCGACCAGACGGCAGCGUCGUGUCCCACAGUCUGGCGCCCUCCGUUCGGUACCACUCGGGCCCGGUCGCCCUGCCUUCGAGGCCGGUCGUCUAUGCGACGUCAUCCCACGUGGCCCAGCCCGUAGUUUACCGAGCGCCGCCGAAGACGUACGAGGCCAGGAUGUCGGUGCACGCGGGCUACUACACAAAUCCAUGGGCGUCACAUCGCAGACUGACGGGGGAGUUCGCCGGCCCGCCCAGGGUGCUAAGGCGCCAUCUUUCAGGAGAGUCAGACCACAGCAGCAAGAUGAAAUACGAGACCGACUCGGUCAUCUCCAAGUCCAGCCACCGGUCAAGAUCGACACACAAAUCCGAAUUCUCCAUCCCGACUACGAUACCUAGGACGAUUGAGGAUACCUACGGCCGUCACACGAUUGUCAGACGUCGCGACCCCGCCCAGGUGUACCUGGUCAGGCCACGCCCCCACACCUACCACGAUGUUGUCCUUUGAUGUUGAGGGGUGGGGUACUGUUGUUUUAAUCAUUGUAUCAUAUUACUGUGUAUCUCUAGCAGGAAUGUGUAAGUUGAUUUACGUAUACCGAUUAAUUUGAGUGGGGCCAAGGGAAAUAACUCGUUUUUUAAAAAGGUAAUUAACUCACUAUAUUUUUACUUAAUAGAUAACUUUGUAAAAAUAUAAUCUUAAACCAAACAAAAAGGUCUAUAUUUAAAUACUUUGCAAUGUUUUAAUUUGCAUUCUUUUAAUUCUGUUACAUUAUUUAAAUAAGCAUAAGCUCUUUUUUGUGUAAAUUUGUUUAAUUACUCUGUGAAAACCUAUAUUUGUUUUAAUUGACAAGCCUAAUUAAUUAGCAACGUGUUUCUUGAAAUAAUUACUGGGAAAACGGUGUUCAGAAUCCAAAUAUUUCAUUCAAACAACAUUCAUUUAAGAUGGUUUACUUAUACAUAGAUCUAAUACAAAACGUCUAAAUAUUUUUAAAAAAAGUAAAUUUAAAAAUAAAAAAAAAACAACCUUAAAAUGCAAAUGUGUAAUUAAAUGAUGAUUCAAGGGUUUUCGUUCCCUCGGCGUGGUGGGUGAGGGGGGUACGGGGUGGCAUUUGGGUUUUUAAGUAGAGCUGAAAUACAUUUGUGAUUACAGAGCCGGUGAUGAAAACUGUAAUACUAAAGCGAACACACACAACUGACGCUGUAAAUUACAUGUCUGAGGCGGAAAAAAAAGAAGAAAAAAAAAGAAUUUUUUUUUUUUCAAACUAUAUUUAGUGUUUCCUGUUCAAAUACCAACCUAUAAAAGAACUGAAGGCUUUAUGUUAUGCCCUGUUAUGGACGUUACGAAAUUGAGGCCGAUUGCGAAGCAAUUCAUCUCUCACCCCACUCCCCCACCCGUGAUUGCUUAUCGAUUACGAGUUGGUGACGGGCGAGCCUACCAACACAGACACCUUUCCAAUAACUACACUUCUGAUCGGAAUAAAUUAUUGGUAAAAAUCAAUGCCAUCGGGUCAGCGUUAAAACAUGGUAUUCAGAUUAUGGAAACAUGUCCUACUUUUGUAAAAAGUAUCGGAUCAAAUAUUAAAUAAUUCAAAAUGAUUUCAAUUUCAUUUUUCAAUAUUAAGUUUUCAAAACACAGUUGUGAAUUUAUUCAUCUUUUCGGUGCUUUUAAUGUUGAUAAAUGUAUUUUCGUAGCUUAUCAACGAAUAUAUUGUUAUUGUUGUUGCGUUUUGUCAAAAAAAUAAAAUUGUACUAGCUCGGUAUUUAGUUUAGUGUAACCUUUAACCCCUAUAUCAUAAGACACGGUGGUGAUUUUCUGAGGGCUGAGAACGGUCAACAGCUGAGUUGACAUUCACGUCAUCACGUGGGUGUGGUUC